AUGAAGAGUGCCUCUCGCGUUGCCCAUGCGGGCGACGAUCAGCGUGGGCAGGGCGCCGCAGCACCAGUGACGCCUGCUCUCUCUUCGAUCCGAGUUUUGGUGGCUGUGCAUUGGGCCCUGGCUCGGACCGCCCAGUCAGGCAACGUUUCUGACUCAGUUUGUGACAAAGUUGUGAAUGUUGUUUAUCCACUCACACUUGGCGUUUGUGUGUGCUGGCUGCCUGCCCAGCUGCAAGCCGUCCAUCUGUUGUAUGUGAUGGCCAGCACGACAACUGUGGGAAUGUCUGACAUUCGUCCG